AUGAAGAUGCAGUUCUUCUAUGCUGCCGUCUUCCUGCUGCUUUUAACAAGGAGUUUACCCACAGAAGCAAGGAAAUGUCCCAGAGAGUGCAUCUGUGACGGCACCAAACUCACGGUAGCCUGCGUUGAAAAGAACCUAACGGAAAUACCGCCGUCUAUACACGAGAUUACGGUGAAACUUGACCUGAGGAAUAACAACCUUCAGGUGCUUUCCAGGGGGGCCUUCAUGCACACGCCCUACCUCACCCACCUCAACCUGCAGCGCUGCAACAUCAUCAAGGUGAAGGAGGGCGCCUUCCGGACUCUUGGAAGGGUUGUCUCCCUAAAUCUGGCCCAGAACAAAAUUGACGUCCUUUACCAGGAGUCCUUUGACGGCCUCUCCUCCUUGAAGGAGCUUCAUCUGGACCAUAAUCGUAUCGAAGAGAUCCAGCCGGGCGCCUUCACACAGCUUGGCUUCCUCAACACGCUAAGCCUCACCCACAACCAGCUGGUUUACAUCCCCAACAUGGCCUUCCAGGGCCUGCACAACAUCAAGUGGCUUCGUCUCAGCUACAACUCCUUGAACAACUUGGCACCCGAGGCUUUCGCUGGACUGUUCACCCUCAACCGCCUCAGCCUGGAUCACAAUGAGCUGCAGUUCUUCCCCUCACAGACAAUGAUGAGACUCCGUGAGGUUACACGUCUGGACAUGAGCCACAACCCCAUGAUCUACCUCGGGGAAGAAUCCGUCUCCAUGGCAAAGCUUACGCACCUCUACCUCAACCACAUGUCCCUUCAGGACCUGUCAGACCAGACUUUGUCCGGAGCCCCCCUUCUGUCCCACUUGGACCUCAGCCACAAUCAGCUUCGUUCCCUGGAGCCCCUCUCAGGCCCCAAGGAGCUAACCAGCCUCAACCUGACAGGCAACCACAUCUACUGUAACUGCUACAUGCGUCCCCUGAAGGAGUGGGCGAGAGUCGGCGGUGUGAAGCUGCUGGGUUCCUGUGCUGGACCUCCUCACCUCUCAGAUGAGCUCCUGCAGACCGUCGCUCCUCUGGAUCUGCGAUGCCACAGCAGGGGAGAGACACUGAAGGAGGAGGAGGAGGAGGAGGAGAGCACUGCAAACACCACACCCAUACCCACAUCCAAGCCCAAGCAGAAAGCCAAAUGUCCAGUUAACUGUGAAUGCAAUAUUGAAGCCCAGCAUGCUACCUGUGAGGAUCGGGGUCAUACUAAAGUCCCGCGAGGUUUCCCCACCAAGACGCAGCUCCUUGAUCUCCGCGGCAACCGCUUCCACCACCUUCCCGCCAACAGCUUUCCAGGCUCCAGCCAAGUGGUUUCUCUCCACUUGGAGUUCUGCAAAAUCCACGAAAUCGAAGACGGUGCUUUCCAGGGGAUGAAGAAGCUGUUUUAUUUGUAUCUCUCUGACAAUGACCUCACAUUCCUGGACUCUAGAGUGUUUGCUGGAACACCUGAGCUCACCUACCUCCACCUGGAAGGGAACCGGCUGGCACAGUUCCCUGGGUCAGCUCUGUCACUCCUCCCGAGUCUGUUUGUGUUGCACAUGGAGCGAAAUGCCAUCUCCAAACUACAGCCCACGGGUUUACUGUUCUCAGCCACUCCUAAACUUAAGGAACUAUACUUGAGCAAUAACACCAUAACUGUCAUCGCCAGGGGUGCUCUGGUCUCUGCUUCCCUCAGUACACUUCAUCUAGAUUCAAAUCAGCUGACCGAGGUUCCUACCCAAGCUCUGACUGAGGCCUCUAACCUGGAGGAGCUUAACCUGUCUCACAACUCACUUCGCUGGGUUGGACCAAAAGCAUUCCAGCCUGUCCACCAGAGCCUGAAGAGGCUUUACAUGGAUCACACUGGAAUAGAGAAGAUGUCCAGUGAAGCUCUGCUUGGUCUGGGCUCAGGGCUGAGGGCUCUGACUGUGAGAGGAAACCAGCUGAAGGAGCUUCCUGACCUGAGUCCACUCACUGGCCUGGAGGUGAUCGACCUUCGAGACAACCCCCUUCUGUGCGACUGUCCUCUGUUGCCCCUUCGCAGGUGGAUGGAGAGUGUGAGUUUAGAGGUGAUUGCAACCUGCGGUCAUCCUCCUGAGCUCAGAGGUCAGAAGGUCAAGGACGUCCACGUCUUCACAUCCUGCCCAGAAAAUACCUCUCCCCCAUACAAGAAGGUCGUUGUGGACCCCAAACCUCCAAAAAUACAGAAAUCCAAACCUAGCCCUUCGAAAUCCCCUGGAGACAAAGCUCGGCGUGAAAAGCCCAAAACUAAAGCAGCCAAACCAGCCAAGAAGCAGGCUCCGAGAAAACCUGUGACACUUAAAAAGACAAAGAACAAGAAAAUACUUUAAUAAAUGAAUAUAGCUAAUUAAGUUCAGUUAGUUUCUAGCUUUUGCAGUUAACCCGAGGCUUGUUGCUUAGAUAGAUAGAUAGAUAGAUAGAUAGAUAGAUAGAUAGAUAGAUAGAUAGAUAGAUAGAUAGAUGGAUAGAUAGAUAGAUAGAUAGAUAGAUAGAUAGAUAGAUAGAUAGAUAGAUAGAUAGAUAGAUAGAUAGAUAGAUAGAUAGAUAGAUAGAUAGAUAGAUAGAUAGAUAGAUAGAUAGAUAAAUAGAUAGAUAGAUAG